AUGAUUUCAAGGUUCAAGAGAUUAUUCUCUAACGCAAACGACGCAAAUAACCUUAGAUGGCAUGCAGAAGAAAGAAAAUGUGAUGGAAAAAUCCGCCAUGUAGCUGAUUCUUUACAAUGGAAGAAAAUAGAUUCUUUGUUUCCAAAUUUUGGCAAAGAGUCGAGAAACCUUAGACUUGGACUUUCUACUGAUGGAAUGAAUCCGUUUGGUAAUCUAAAUACUAACCAUACUUCUUGGUCUAUUCUUCUGAUGAUUUACAACCUAUCUCCUAGGUUGUGCAUGAAGCAUAAAUAUGCGAUGUUAUCCAUGUUGAUUUCGGGCCCAAAACAACCAAGAAAUGACAUAGAUGUUUAUCUAAGUCCACUAAUCGAUGAUUUAAAAGUGUUGUGGGAGGAAGGGGUGGAUGUUUUCGAUGCACAUUCUGGUGAACAGUUCAAUAUGCGUGCCAUGUUGUUUUGCACCAUCAACGAUUUUCCGGCAUAUGACAAUUUGUCUGGGUAUAAAGUUAAAGGGCAUAAAGCGUGUCCUAUAUGUGAAAAAGACACAUGUUACCAUCAGCUUGAAAAAGGAAAUAAGACUGGCAUUACUGCUGUUUUUGGAAAGUACCAAAAGCGGCCUAUUGUGAAUAAUAUAUGGAAAAAGAGGUUGGUUUUCUUCGAUCUUCCAUAUUGGUCUAGUCUUGAGGUAAGACAUUGUAUUGAUGUGAUGCACGUGGAGAAAAAUGUAUGUGAUAUUGUAAUCAGAACACUUCUCAACAUUCAAGGCAAGACAAGGGAUGGUAUUAAUGCUCGUCUAGAUUUGGGUGUGAUGGGUAACAAGACGUAUUUGCCUCCUGCCUGCUACACUUUGUCGAAAAAAGAGAAAACAAGUUUUUGUGAGUGUUUAGAAAGUAUCAAAGUGCCGCAUGGUUACUCAUCAAAUGUCAAGAGGCUUGUAUCGGUUAAAGAUCUCAAAUUAGUUGGCUUAAAAUCUCAUGACUGUCAUGUCUUAAUGCAACAACUACUAACAGUGGCUAUUCGUGGGAUAUUGCCUAACAAUGUUAGGAAGACUAUAACUAGGUUGUGCCUGUUUUUCAAUGCAAUUUGUUGCAAAGCCAUUGAUCCAUUAAAGUUAGAAGAUUUGGAAAAUGAGGCUGCAGUUAUCUUGUGCCAAUUAGAGAUGUUUUUUCCUCCUUCAUUUUUUGACAUUGUGGUUCACUUGAUUGUUCAUCUAGUAAGGGAGAUUAGAUUAUGUGGUCCAAUUUUUUUACGGUGGAUGUAUCCAAUAGAGCGAUACAUGAAGAUCCUAAAAGGGUAUACCAAGAACCCACACCGUCCGGAAGCAUCGAUUAUUGAGAGGUAUAUUGCAGAAGAAGCAAUUGAGUUUUGUUCUAACUAUUUGUCGGAAGUGAAUGAUGUAGGGGUUCCCAAGUCUCGUCAUGAUGGAAGAUGUGAGGGUGUGGGUACAUAA